GAGGGAGGUGGCGCGGCCGGGCCCAGCUGCGGGGCGGAGGCGGAGGAGAGGCCUGCGGCGGCUGGGAGCGGCGGGGCCGGGAGUGGGCGCCGGAGCCGAGCCGGAGCGGGCGGCGAAGGCCGGCGCGGCGAGCAGCAACCAUGUCGGUGUUCGGGAAGCUGUUCGGGGCCGGAGGGGGUAAGGCCGGCAAGGGCGGCCCGACCCCCCAGGAGGCCAUCCAGCGGCUGCGGGACACGGAGGAGAUGCUGAGCAAGAAACAGGAGUUCCUGGAGAAGAAGAUCGACCAGGAGCUGACGGCCGCCAAGAAGCACGGCACCAAGAACAAGCGCGCCGCCCUCCAGGCGCUGAAGCGCAAGAAGAGGUAUGAGAAGCAGCUAGCGCAGAUUGAUGGCACCCUGUCGACCAUCGAGUUCCAGCGUGAGGCCCUGGAAAAUGCCAACACCAACACCGAGGUGCUCAAGAACAUGGGCUACGCCGCCAAAGCCAUGAAGGCCGCCCACGACAACAUGGAUAUCGAUAAAGUCGAUGAGUUAAUGCAGGACAUUGCCGACCAGCAGGAACUUGCAGAAGAGAUUUCCACAGCUAUUUCCAAACCUGUAGGCUUUGGAGAGGAGUUUGAUGAGGAUGAGCUCAUGGCGGAAUUAGAAGAACUAGAACAGGAGGAGCUAGACAAGAAUUUGCUGGAUAUCAGUGGACCUGAAACAGUCCCACUACCAAAUGUUCCCUCUAUAGCCCUACCAUCCAAGCCCGCCAAGAAGAAGGAAGAGGAAGACGACGACAUGAAGGAAUUGGAGAACUGGGCCGGAUCCAUGUAACUGGGUCAGCACAAGCUGGGCCCAGACAGACUCUGGUGGCCUGUGUGGUGGGCAGGCGUGUGUGUGUGCGUGUGCGUGUGCGUGCUCAGGGCAGGCAGGACGCUGCGAGGGGCAGGCAGCCUCCAUCGCUCUACUCUCACUCCAAAGCAGUAGGCAGCAUCACCGCUCACUCGCAUAGCAUGGUCUGCGCCCAGCGGGGCGGGUGGGGGGAGGGACGGGUGGGCGGGUGGGAGGUGCCUGCUGUUUAUAAUGUUGAAUUUCUGUAAAAUAAACUGUAUUUGCAAAUCCAACAUUGAGCUUCUGGACUAUGCUAACUCCACUGCUGAAUCCUCUGUGGAAAGUAGAGCUGGUCUGAAGAUGUCACCUCUGUCCUUGAAGUCAGCUGACUUGUCGCACAUCUCUUUGUAAGACGUGUAUGGUACUGGCAGAAAAGUCGUUUUUUAAAAGCCAUAGGCUUUUCCUUGUUCUUAGCUAUAAUACUGCGUUUUGGUUCCAUCCAGAGCUGUGUUUCUAUCCAUCAUCUGUGUACUGGCUCCUUGUGUCUUCCACUCUGGCCCUCCUCAACCCCCCCGCCCUGUCUUUUGGAGUUUGUGACACUGAUUUGAAAUGGAUGUGUUCUCUAGAGAGCAAGUGAGAUUGUUAGAAUGAAAUUCCAGCUAUACAGUUUUCUAACAUAGCUCUAAGGUCCUUGUUGCUGUUUGUGAUAACUGAUAGAUAACUCAUUGGAAACAUGUGCAUACAUUUAUAUUCAGAUGAAAUUAUGGUUUGCACUGUCUAUUAAAUAUCUCGAUUAAUUUUCA